AUGGCAGCAGUACCUCUUGCAGCGUGCGGCCUCGCGCCGUCUGUUUUGGCAGCGCUCCUGCGCGCAGGGUUUCGGUAUCAGACGGAUCUGGUCGACGUCCAAGCGCGUGCAUUAGCGAGCGAGGCGCAGAUCAGUGUCAGCGAUGCGGUGAGGGUGCUAGCAGUUGCCCGGAAGGAAGAAGCUUCGGCAACUGUGGUGGGAAAGACGGCGCUGGAAGUACUGCAGGAAGUGACGAAGGUCCAACCUAUUUCGACGAGGCUGAUGGGCCUAGAUGGACUGCUGGGUGGCGGCUUGCAGCGGGGCGAAGUCACAGAGUUUUGUGGUGGUCCUGGCACGGGAAAGACGCAAUUUGGUAUCCAUGCCUGCUUGGCCGCGCAGUAUGUAGCAACGGAACCUGGGAAAGUCGCAUCCGCUGUAUAUGUUGAUAGCGAGGGAAGCUUCAUCAUUGAACGUGUAGCAUCGAUGGCUGAGUGCUUCUUGCAGGAUUUCCGUCAACUGGAGAUGCAAAAGCGGACACGGGACGAUUUGCUGCGAGGAAUCACGUACUACCGUGUGCACGAUUACUUGGAGCUGAUCGAAGUUCUUCACUCGUUGUCGGCGUAUUUGCAAGGGACAGCCGAGUGCAAGCUGCUAGUGAUCGAUACUGUCUCUUUCCAUUUCCGCCACGGCUUCGAAGACUUCACCCAGAGAGCUCGGGCAUUGGACGAUCUUGCUAUCUUUUUGCACGGACUUGCAGCUGACUUCGAUUUGGCGGUUGUGCUCAUCAACCACAUCACCACGAAAUCGUCCUCUAAUGAAAGCCGUGGAUCGCAACUACGGCCAGCGUUAGGCGAAGGCUGGGUACAUUCGAUCUCGAACCGAGUUGUUUUCGAGUGGGAGUCGAAUUGCCGCGUCGCUCGCCUCGUCAAGUCGCCAGCUCUGGCACAUGGCUCAGCGCUGUUUGACAUUUCAGAACGAGGAGUGCGCGAUGUGAUCGAAGAAGAGUACUGCCCGCCAUCCGCGUGA